AUGGCUACUUCAAUUCGAGAUGUGAUUGAUUCUGGCUUCUCACCUGGUAUCACAAUUAUUGCUGAACCGGGUAGGUUCUGUGCACGCGCGGCGUAUACGCUUACGUGUCGAGUGAUUUCCCGACGAAGACAGAUGACGAGUGCGUCCGCGGCUGGAACUCCGGACAUGCUAUAUCAGCAUGAUGGUAUUUAUGGAAAUUUUAUGAAUGUCAUCAUGGAAAGGGAAGUCAUGGUUUCGAAAUUGGCUAGAGGUCGGUAUGGCUCAAGGCCCUUGCUGAGUCAAUUUGAGAGACAGCGACGAGAUGGGGAAUUUGUACACAAAUAUUCCAUAUGGGGACCGACUUGUGACAGUAUUGAUCGUGUGGUGCGAGAGGCAGCCUUCGAUUGCGAGGUGAAUAUUGGUGAUUGGCUGAUAUACCAGAACAUAGGAGCGUAUACAAUCAGCACGGCAACCCAACUCGAUGGCUUCCAUGGCUCCCAUGAUAAGAUCUAUGUGAACAGUGAGCCAAUUCUGGAUCAUUGGGUGAUGAUGCGAAGCCAGUUUGCUUGCUACCCCAAUGAAGCGCCAUAA